AUGUCGCGCGGCCCGCGGCGCUCGCUCGGGCUCUGCCUCCUUCUGCUGCUGCUUCCGGGCGCGCCGGGCCACGAAAGGACGGUGAACCCGAGGGAGCGUACCGAGGAGCUGGGCUCGGCUUGGCCCAGCUUCCAGGGCCUGAAGGAGCGGCUGAAGGCGGCUGGGGCCCUGUCCAAGCGGUACUGGACUCUGUUCAGCUGCCAGGUGUGGCCCAAGGACUGCGAGGAACACGGGGCGGCGGCCGAAAAGCUCCUGGGCUGGAACAUUUCCCUGUUGGGCCAGCAGUAUCUGGCAGUGCUGACCAGAUGGUACUGCCGCUUUCAGACCUGCUGUGACAGUGGGGACUGCAGGAUCUCUAACAAUUUCACAGGCCUUGAGUCAGACCUGAACGUGCUGCUGCACGGUCAGCAUUUGGCCCAGGAGCUGGUCCUGAGAGCAGUGAGGGGUUAUGUAGAGACACCCCGGCCUGACAAAGCCCUGGCUCUGUCUUUCCACGGCUGGUCCGGCACUGGCAAGAACUUUGUGGCUCGGUUGCUAGCAGAGAACCUGUACCGGGACGGGCUGAGGAGCGACUGUGUCAGAGUGUUCAUUACCAUGUUCCACUUUCCUCACUCCAAAUAUGUGGACCUGUACAAGGAAGAGCUGUUCAGCCAGAUCCGGGAGACACAGCAGCGCUGCCACCAGACCCUGUUCAUCUUUGAUGAGGCCGAAAAGCUACAUCCAGAGCUGCUAGAGGCCCUUGGACCACAUCUGGAGCACCAGGCCCUCAAGAACCACAGGGCUGAGACCCCAAGAUCCAUCUUUCUUUUUCUCAGUAACCUUGGAGGCAGUAUCAUCAAUGAGGUGGUCCUGAAUUUGCUGAGGUCUGGACACUCCCGGGAAGACAUUACCAUGGAACACUUGGAGCCACACCUCCAGGAGGAGAUUGCAGAGUCCACAGACAGUGGCUUUGGCCACAGCCGUCUUGUGAAGGAACACCUGAUUGACUUCUUCAUCCCCUUCCUGCCACUGGAGUACCGUCAUGUGAGGCUGUGUGCACGUGAUGCUUUCCUGAGCCAGGAGCUCCUGUAUACCGAAGAGGCGCUGGAAGAAAUCGCCAAGAUGAUGGUGUACGUGCCCAAGGAGGAACAGCUCUUCUCUUCUCAGGGUUGCAAAUCUGUUUCCCAGAGAAUUAACUACUUCCUGCCUUGA